AUGAACUUGAACGUGUUCGAGAGUCUGACUGACUCAGACAGGGACACCCUUGCAAAAGUUGUCAAGACUAUCAAGAAGGAGCAUGCCUCCAUGCGCGCAUACAAGUCGAGAAUGGACAGCGUUUGUUUGGCCUAUCAACAACAGGUUAAUGCGCUAUCGAAAGAGUGCGAGGACCUGAAGCAGGCCAGCAACUCCUCUAUAGAUCAGUCUUGGCUUGAAUUGAAGCUGGCAGAAGCGCGGAAGGAAACACAGGAACGAUACGGAUCCCAAAUAACAAAACUGGGCGGCGAUCUAACGAUUGCCCAAGCUACGGUCAAAAGUCUUGCGACGGAAAAGGAUUCAACUGACAAGGCAUUGUGCUCUGCCCGCGAAGCCGCGGCGGGUGAUGCCAUACUAUUACAGCAACUUCAAGAAGAGAUUACCCAACUACGGGACAGCAGAGAGCGUACAGCUUCGGAUUCUGUAGAGAAACACACUCGGAAUAUGCAAUUGAUGCAGGAGGCAAAGGAUGCCGACUACAAGGUAACUCAGUACCAGGAGGGCAAUAUAUUCUUAAAGUCGGAAGUCAAACGCAUCAGCACCCAACUUGCGCAAACAAGAACGCAAAUGGACAGCAUGAGUGUGUCUCAUAACGCGGAAAUAUCUAGUGCUAACAGAAUGAACACAGAAUUAUCCAAGAACUUGGCCGUCUCGAAGACCCAAGUCGAGAAGCUAACGGCAUCCUUGUCGGCUAUGGAGAAGCACAUCAUUGACUUGAAAUCAAGCUUUGAAAAUGAAAAGUCGGAGCAUCAAACCGAGAUUGAAAAUGGCCUGAAACUCGUAGAAAUGCAUAGCAAAGUCGCAAAAGAUGCCGAGCUCCGCGUUUCUGAAUAUAAGGAACUACUCGCUAUCGUUGCUAAAGAAACGAAUGACGCGAGGGAGCGUCCUCCAGACAAUGCCCCACUGCCAUUAGAUCUACAUGCUGAAGUUCUCUUCAAGACUUUGAAUGAAACCUUGGAAACGAAGCUACAGGUGCUUGAAAAUGAGAGACAUGAGUUGAUUAAGGCACGUGCAAAUGAGGCAAGGAUGGCAACUAGGCAGCAGGCAUUGCUACGCGAAGCGGAGAGCUCCAAGGCAGAGGCAGAAGAGGCACGACGGCAGAUGGCCAUUCUCGAGGCAGAACUGAAUGUCCAAAAGGACAAGGUUGCACAGCUUCAGAGGAAGUUAACUUUCAAUGGAAGUGUUGGAGGAUUUCAAUCACCGUCGGUGCUUCCCGUGGCUGAGGGCACCGAAUCUGGUUUCAUGACGGGCACACCUGACUCUGUUGCCAAGCGAAGGUCAUCCGCGCAGAUGCAAAGCCCAUUCCUACGAGGACUUAGCAUGGGCGUUGCAGAACGAGCUCUAGCAAACAUGAUGGACAUCAGACGCCAACACGAAAGUUUGCUGGAACAGCUCAAAAGACAGGAGGAUAUGUAA